CUAUAAAUAAUUGUAUAUAGUACCCUUUUACUUGCAUAAUCCAUACAUUAAAAGCAAGUGCACAAAACUUCACCUCCACACAUGGACUCAGCAGGUGGUGUGCAUGUCAUCUCCAAAGAGUUGAUCAAGCCAUUGACUCCGACUCCCGACCACCUUAAAACCGUCAAACUCUCAGUGCUCGAUCAACUAACUCCGCCGGUUUACGUUCCUCUCAUCUUCUUCUACGAAGCAGAUGAGUUAAAGGGCUUGGCCAGCGGCACUGACAAGGCCCAAAUAUGUCACCACCUGAAACAAUCCCUCUCAAAAACUUUGACUUUGUUCUAUCCAUUAGCUGGAAAGAUCGAUCCCGAAAGUUUCACGGUUUGCUGUGAUGACACCGGAGUUGAGUUCGUCGAAGCUCGUGCUCGCGCCCGCCUCCGAGACGUCGUGCGCGAUGCCAAACUUGAGGAGUUUGACAAAUACCUUCCGGUGCAUCGUCUCCGGGGCGUACAUGUCGGAGAGGGCACCAUUUUCACGGUGCAGAUCAACUUCUUUGACUGUGGAGGGGUAGCCGUGGCGGCAUGCGUGUCGCACCUAGUAGCCGACGGGUCGUCUCUGGUGGAUUUCAUGAACGCAUGGGCAGCUACCUGUCGGGGGGAAAACUCCAAAACUGCUCCAGAAUUUGACGUGUUGGGACGCUAUUUUCUGGCACGAGACCUGUCUGACUCGAACUUCACGCCGUCCAUCCUCAUGGGGAACGCGAAGCUUGUGACGAAGAGGUUGGUGUUCGAUAAGGAAAAAUUGGCAGCCCUUAAACAGGCAGCAGCUACUGGUGACGUGAGGGAUCCCACUCGGGUAGAGGCUGUCUCGGCUUUUAUACUGAAGCAUUUCAUCGAAACCAACCCUCUGGACGCCAAGAAGAGCUUACUCUUCGGGCAUAUGGUGAACAUAAGGUCAAGAGCAAGCCCACCUCUUGAGAACACGUUCGGCAACGGAUGCUUCACUUGUGUAGCGGAAUUGAGCCAUCAGCACCGGUUACCUGCUCCGGAGCUGCAUGAGCUGGUGAGCAAACUGCGGAAAGCGAUAAGAACGAUCGACGAUGAGUACAUAAGAGAAACGGAAAGGGAAGAUCGUUAUUUGAGCGAUCUUGCUAGAGUGUGUGAUUUGAUUUCGGAGGGAGAUGCGGAUGCGUUUCUUUUCAGUAGUUGGUGUAGGUUUCCCAUGUACGAGGUGGACUUCGGGUGGGGGAAGCCUGUUUGGGCGUGCACCACUGCGUUGCGAGUGAACAAUCUUACGAUUCUGAUGAGUACAAGAGAUGGGAAAGGCAUUGAAGCAUGGAUCAACUUGCUUCCGGAUCAUUUCCAUUCACUUGAAAGCCAAUUCAAACUCAUCGGCAGCAAGAAUCUUUGUUAGGCGACGCCGAACUGCAGAUGUUUGCUGUAAUGUAGAUGCGAUGCCGUUGUCAAUUCGGCAGCAUUGAAUGCCAUUUAGGAAGAAUAAGUUGGUGUUUCACUAGCUAGUAGAUGCAAAAGAAAUAAUUUCAAAGGAGAAAGAAGCCAUUGACAAAUCAAGAAGAAUUUUCAUAAACUUGAAAA